CCGAGCUCCGGGCGCGCCUCGAGGCGCUGGAGCGGCGGAUGGAGCGGGCGGAGGCGGCCCUGCGGCUCCACGGGGUCCCGCUGCUGUUCGAGGAUGUGGCAGUGCAGUUCAGCCGGCAGGAGUGGGCAAGCCUGGACGAGGGACAGAAGGAGAUGUACCGGAGCGUCAUGGAAGGCAACUACGAGAUGCUGAUGUCCCUGUACUGUGCGCUGUCCAAGCCUGAGCUGUUAUUGCAGCUGGAAAGAGAAGAGCUGAGCACGCCGCCAGAAUCGGAGCCCGAGGCAGCAGAGGUGUCCCCAGAGCUGGCUGUAGAGCCAGCCCGACAGAACUGCACCAGCGGUGACACGCUGCUGGAGACAGAGACAGUGGAGCAAAGUGGGAAUGUGGCAGAGAAAAGUGGGAACUUGGUAGGGGAAAGCAAAAACCUGGUGGAGGAAAGCAGGAGCCCAGUGGAGAUAAGUAUGAACCUGACAGAGAAAAGCAAGAACCCAGUGGAGGAAAACAGGAGCCCGGCAGAGAAAAGCAGGAACCUGAAGGAGGAAAGGAGGAGCCCAGUGGUCCCAGAGAACAGCAGCACACGAGAUGCUGAAGCAGGGAUCCCAACGGGGGUGCCGCAGGAGGAAGUUGCUGCAGAGAAGCCAUCAAUGCCCAAAACCUCCUCUAAGGGUCUGGAAGAGGACAAAGGUCUGGAAGACAAGGCUGUGAAAGAUUCAGGGAAUAGUGGCCAAGAUCUGCUGGCUGACAUUCCUGAAGAACCAGGAAAGCAGGUGACACCAGCUCUCUGCAGAACAACGGAACAGGCAGAUCCCAGCCCAGGGGAACCGGAGAAGGAUUCCUGCGCUGGCCGGCCGGCGGCCUGGCAGCGGAACGCCGCCCGGGAGUUUUACUCCUGCCCCAUCUGCAGGAAAACCUUCCUGCUGAAGAUCAACCUCCUGAUCCACCAGCGUGGCCACACCAACUGGGUGCCCUACGUCUGCGUCCACUGCGACCGCAAGUUCAUGUCCAAGAAGAAAAUCAGGCGGCACCUCCGCGCCUGGGCAGCCAACGGGACGUGCCAGCCCUCGGAGCUGGAGGUGUGUCCCAGCCAGGGGCCAUGCCCAGCAUCCCAUCCCCAAACCUGGGCAGCCAACGGGACGUGCCAGGCCUCAAAGCCAGAGAAGUGUCCCAGUGGGACACCGUGCCCGACAUCCCAGCCCCAAACCUGGGCAGCCAACGGGACGUGCCAGGCCUCAAAGCCAGAGAAGUGUCCCACUGGGACACCGUGCCCGACAUCCCAGCCCCAAACCUGGGCAGCCAACGGGACGUGCCAGGCCUCAAAGCCAGAGAAGUGUCCCAGUGGGACACCGUGCCCGACAUCCCAGCCCCAAACCUGGGCAGCCAACGGGACGUGCCAGGCCUCAAAGCCAGAGAAGUGUCCCAGUGGGACACCGUGCCCGACAUCCCAGCCCCAAACCUGGGCAGCUAACGGGACGUGCCAGGCCUCAAAGCCAGAGAAGUGUCCCAGUGGGACACCAUGCCCGACAUCCCAGCCCCAAACCUGGGCAGCCAACGGUGCCUGCCAGCCCUCGGAUGCAAAGGUGUGUUCCAGCCAGGGGCCGUGCCCGGCAUCCCAGUGCCCAACAUCCCAGCCCCAAACCUGGGCGCCCAAGGGCUCUUGCCAGCCCUUGGAUGCAAAGGCAUGUCCCAGCCAGGGGUCAGUGUGCCCAACAUCCCAGCCCCAAACCUGGGCAGCCAACGGGACUUUCCAGCCCUCGAAUGCGAAGGCGUGUCCCAACCAAGGGCCGUGCCCAACAUCCCAGUGCCCAACAUCCCAGCCCCAAACCUGGGUGCCCAGCGGGACCUGCCAGGCCUCGAAGCCAGAGGAGUGUCCGAGCCAAACCCUGUGCCCGUCCUCCCAGCCGAAAGCCCCGAGCAGGGAAUGUGGCAAGGUGUGGAAGGAGCCCGGCCCCGCCAGGUGCUCGCGGUCAUCUGGAAAAAUGAUGUAUACGUGCAACGAGUGCCUGGAAACCUUCUCCAACCAGAUCUUCCUGACGGUGCACCAGCGCCGGCACACUGGCCACCACCUCAUCCGGUGUCCCUGCUGCAAUCGGAGCUUCACCUGGGUCUCGGACUUUGUCCGGCAGCACUGGACGCACAUGGGCGUCCGGCCCCACCAGUGCGGCAUCUGCCAGAAGACCUUCAAGAGGUUCUCCCACCUCAAGGCGCACCAGAGGAUCCACAGGCGGCAGGAGCGGCCGUUCACCUGCGCCAGCCCGGUGCCCAUCGUGGCGACGCCCGCGGCAGGAGACGGGGUGGGAAGCCAGGAUGUGACGCCCCAGGGAUGGGGUGCUGCUCAGGACCCCGAGUGGGCGCCCGAGGCCUGGCAGGGCGCGGGCCCCGAUCCCGGCGCGGGCCCCGGCGGGGCGGCCCCGGCGGGGCUGUCGCUGAGGGCGGCGGCGGAGCGGCGGCUGGAGCGGAGCGUGGAGGCGGCGGAGCGGCGGCUGGAGCGGCUGGAGCGGCGGGUGGCGGGGCUGGAGCGCACGGUGCGGGCCGGCGGGGCCCGGCUGGCCGCGCUCCUCAGGGACAACUCCCGCCGCCUCCGCCGCAUCCAGCGCCAGCUCCGCCGCUGCCGCUGCGGGGGCAACCGCACCGGCACCGGCACCGGCACCGGCAACGGCACCGGCAGGGAGCGGACACAGGUGCCGGCGGCUGGUGAGGGUGAGGCGGCCGCUCUGCCGGAGCAGGAGCUGGGGAGCGGGGACAGCCGGGAUCUCCGUGGGAUCGCCAGGAAGGGGAAUUACGAGGCCAUCGUCCCUCUAGGGUCCGAGGAUGCUGGCUCCAAACCUGCCCUGCUGCCACCAGCCGAGGACAGGGAGGAUCCAGGGAGCCCCGGGCUGCCGGAGAAGGGAUCGGUGCCAGGACAGCUUGGUGACAGUGAGAUGAUCGUCAUCAAGACGGAAGAGCAGCAGCCGCAGGAGGCCGGAGCUGAGCUCCUGGCGCUGCCCGUGGUGCCCGCGGUCAGGCUGGACGAGGACGUUCCCCUCGGCCAGGAGCAGCCGGUUUCCUGGGAGAGCCACGGCGUGGCCGGGCCCAAGGCGGCCGGAGAGGGCUUGGGGGAAUUCUGCCUGGGGGAAUUCAAGCCGGUGGUGGUGCCGGUGGAGGCUCACCCUGCCCCGGGCCUGCCCUUCCCCACGGAGCAGCCGUUCGCCCUCGCCCAGGGAAUGCCGCCGGGAGAAGACCCCGCGGCCGAGGUGGCCUCGCCGCAGCCCGGCUGGGAGCAGCAGAGUCCCCGGGACGAUCCCCGGGCGCCGCCGCCGGGCUGGAAGAGCGCCCGGCUGACUCGGAACCUGCUGGCUCGGCAGCAGAGCCGGGCGAGGAAGGGCAACGGCUCCUUCAUCUGCACGUCCUGCGGGAAGAGCCUGGCCCACCACGCCGCGCUGCUGCGGCACCAGCGCCUGCACACGGGCGAGCGGCCCUUCCAGUGCCCGGCCUGCGGCAAGAGCUUCAACGAGAAAUCCAACCUCAACAAGCACUACCGCAUCCACACCGGCGAGCGGCCGUACCGCUGCCCCGCCUGCGGCAAGGGCUUCGUGCAGAAGCACCACCUGCAGAAGCACCAGCGCAUCCACGGGCCGCAGCUCCGCAGCGCCUGGCCGGGCCGGCCGGCGAGGCCCGGCUCCACCGGGGAGCGGCUCUACCGCUGCAUCGAGUGCGCGGAGAGCUUCCCGCAGAAAGCGUCGCUGGAGGAGCACCAGCGCCGGCACACCCAGCAGCGACCCUUCCAGUGCCACGGCUGCACCAAGAGCUUCCGGCACCGGCAGUCGCUGAACCACCACCAGAAGGUGCACGCCGCGGCCGCCUCUCCGGCCGGCAGCUUGCCGGGACACGAGCCGGAGCUGGAGGCUCUGAGCCAGGAUGAUCGGUAGCCAGAGGGCUGGG